AAUACCGUCUGCGUACUGGCAGAUGUUUACUUAGAACAUUCAUGUAGAGCCAGCAAGGUAGACAUCUAACACAUGCAUUAGGGCAUAGGAUGUAUGUAUACACCAACGACGUACUGCGAAUAGCGUAGAAUAGUCCACGCGUCGGCCCGUGUGUGGUUAGACUAUAAAAUCGACAUUUGGCCAUGCAUCAUAUCAUCAUCAUCCUAAUUAAUUAGAUGCAAUUUCUACGAUUUUCCCAUGGGGUUAGACUAUAAAAGCUACAUUAGGCCAUGCAUCAACUGCUUAAACUCGCCGAAGACGAACAAAGGCAUCUUCGACGCAGAAGAAGAUAUGCCGUUGCCGUCCAAGGCGAGCGGAAUCAGUGCGAAAUCUGUGCCUCAACAGCUAACUUCUUCAGGGAACCGUAGAACGGAGGUUGCAACAGAAGAUGCUGCAAAACAAGCAUCAUCUAGUCCAGCGAUGAGUACGAAGGCUCAGCGUACUAAGGAGAACUUGGAGACCAGGAAACCAGAUGCGCAUCAGCGGAAAGGGGCAUCUUCUACAGGCAAAGCUCCAGUUACUUCCAAGCGGUGAAUUCGAUCAGGAUACAGAAAUAAAUCACUUCUCUCGGAUGGAGUGAUGCAGAAGUAUAACGAUAUGCACAUCAAUCGAUUAGCAUACUUUGUAGCUUGUAUGUAAGUAGUUAGGAGGUGCAGAAGAAAUAUGUGGCUUUAAUAUAUUGCAUGUUAGUAGUUCAUACCUUUGUAGAUACUCUGCCUUGGUGAAUUUGUUACAUGUUCUUAGUUUGUAAAGUAUGUUGGUAUUGUAAUGAGUUCACAUUUAUCAACAAAUUGGAUUCUC